AUGAAUCGUGACAGGGACCAGAGGGAACAUUGGGAUGAACACAUAAAUCGUGACAGGGAACAGAGAGAACAUUGGGAUGAACACAUAAAUCGUGACAAGGACCAGAGGGAACAUUUGGAUGAACACAUAAAUCGUGACAAGGACCAGAGGGAACAUUGGGAUGAACACAUAAAUCGUAACAAGGACCAGAGGGAACAUUGGAAUGAACACAUAAAUCGUGACAAGGACCAGAGGGAACAUUGGGAUGAACACAUGAAUCGUGACAGGGACCAGAGGGAACAUUGGGAUGAACACAUAAAUCGUGACAGGGAACAGAGAGAACAUUGGGAUGAACACAUGAAUCGUGACAGGGAACAGAGAGAACAUUGGGAUGAACACAUGAAUCGUGACAAGGACCAGAGGGAACAUUGGAAUGAACACAUAAAUCGUGACAGGGAACAGAGGGAGGAACAUUGUGGUGAACACAUAAGUAGUGACAGGGAACAGAGGGAACAUUGGGAUGAACACGUAAAUCGUGACAGGGAACAGAGAGAACAUUGGGGUAACCACAUGACUCAUGACAAUGGCCAGAGGGAACAUUGGGGUGAACACCUGAAUCAUGACAUGGACCAGAGGGAAUAUCGGUAUAAACACAGGAUUCAUGACAAGGACCAGAGAGAAUAG